CACACACACACACACACACACGCGGCUAUCGAACGAAACACCGGGAAGAAUUCGCAAAUAAAAACCCACCCCACCCGGCCCGAGAUAACGCGUCCGCCAGCCGUCCAAACAGAAGGCAGUUUGGUGCGAUAAGCGCGCGAAAGGUUGGGAGAGGGUAGAUUAGAUUCGGCAGUUUGCAGAUUUUUUUUUUGCAACACUCUAUCAUCCCUUUUUUCUGCUGGCCCUCGCCUGGAGGAAGGGUUAAUUUAAGCAUUGGCCUUCACCCGUGUCGAUGUAGUUGUGAAUGGGACGUGUCGAGCAGCUCGCACAGCCACAAAUCAUUAUCCUUCAAAAUGUAUAACAUUUUCAUUCGUUUUUUAUUAUCUUUUUAGUGACGCGCACCGCAUUCGAUUCUACCACCAGUCAGAGCAAAAAAGGAUAACGAUGGCAGUGGUCGCGUGGCCCAGUUUUUCCUUCGGUCGACCUUCAACCGUCCUUGAACGGCAGCCGGCUGCCUGCUUACUGGGGGUGGUGGGCGCCUUCAAUUGGACCAUCAGCUGAUUGCCGCUAUGGGGCUCGGUUUCGGAGUGUGUAUCCUUGCCAGUGCAAACAACGCGAGAUUCACUUCCGCGCACUGCCCGAGGACGGGGAAAGGUCAAAAAUGGUCGCCAUCGGCCCAAGAUGCGAGCCUUUCGCCUGCCUGUUUUUUGUUAUCUACGAGUCCUCGAGCCUGUCCAGAGCAAAGCGGGCGCGUCAGUUGUCGUCCAAAUAUCAUCCCAAGCAGUUCGGGCUAGCAAUAUUCGCUUGCUUUCGUGCCACAGUAGUAUAUCUACCAAGAAGAAGGCCAACCAUCAUCAGCUGUGCGUGUGCCGUCCUAACCGUUUUGCUCUACGUGUGUGUAUUUAAAAUUCAAACCACAAAGCAACCGGCGACAAACGGGCGAACGAGAUUUACAACAACAAGAAAAAAGGUCGAUUAUCAUAGCAAUCGCUGAGAAAACGGAAAGCGCCCUGUUGUGUGUUUUAGCGUCUUGGGUCAGAAAUCAAUCGGCAGUGCAAUUGUUUGGAUCGUACAGUUUGGAUAUCCGAAUCGGCCGAAGCGAAGAAACCAUCCCGUUUCAAAUUGCAACUGUGCGUCGAACUGCUGCUUGGAGUUAAGGAGCUCCCGGUUGUGUUAGUCCGUCGAACGAAGCAAGCAAGCAGGGAAAAAAAACCCGCCAGCAACACAAAAAUGACUUUCCGUGCUAUCACUUCACCGGUUGUACGCCGCUUCCUCGAAGCCAACAAUCUUAAGAUGCUGCAAAAGCGCGCCGCCUCAAUGGGAGAUUACUAUUCGAGUGCACGCGGCUUUACCAUUGCCGAUAUGAAGAAGAAUCCUGCCGUCCUGCCCUUGGUGUUCAUUAUGACGACGGCCGUUGUCGGAUGCACAAGCUUCAUGCUUUACUGCAGCCAAACCCGCACGGACGUGAGCUUUGACAAGAAAACCUUCCAGUACGACACCAUGGACGUAAUGGAUCCGAAGCAGCGCAAGAUUCUCGUGUUCAAUCAAAAGUAUCUCCCGAACCCGGAGCUGAAGGAUGCCCUUAGCUACCGCGAGGAGUACAACAAGGAGGCGAACAAUUAAAAAGCAAAUGCAGCAAAACCAGCAAAACCAGGCAGCAACAACGAACCCUGCGAAGCAUUGACGAACGUCGGACCGGAUAUGUCUGCACCACCAAAACGCGCGGCCACAUUUCCCCUUUCAUCUCACGGGACAGCAUGAAUAGUGUUGGGACAUGUGUGCGCGCAUAUGAAUAAAUCUAACCGAAGCUAGAGAUCCAUUGCCGGGCUCUGCCGUCUCCUCCUCCGGUGUGUGUCUGAUGUUGUUGUUGAGUUGUAUGUGUGUAGCAAAUUAUAUAGAAAUCCGCUUGAAAAAGCUUAAUCGUUUCCAGCCGGCAGCAGCAUCUGCGCGAAUGCUCGAUUUGCAUUUAGAACGUUUGUGCAGUUGUGCCUCCGUUGCAUGUGCUUGUGCCCUCUCGUGGCUGCGCGCGCAUUUUUGCCAGUGUCUAUCAAUAUAUACCGCGCUGCAAGAAAAAUAAAUAAAUACUAAUCGAUGUUUCAACCCA